AUGCCGCAGCUGCUCCGGCGCAAGCUGCGCUGCCACUACUGCAACUCGAAUUCGCGGAACGAGCAGUCGGGCAUUCCUCGGACAUGGCUGUGUCCCUACUGCGACGCGGUGAAUCAUUUGGACGAGCGCGGUCAGAUUACCGACCCGCCCCUUGAGACUAUUGCGGCCCAAGCACCUCAGUACGCACGCAACCGCUCCCCUACCCCCGUCAUGUCCGCCGAGUCGCCGUUCUGCGAUACCUGCCAGCGCAACCAGCUCCUCCUAAACAAGACACUGGCCGAGUACAUACCCGACGAAGAUGAUCCAGAGUACGACAAGUACGCCGCAUCUGUGGAUGACUACCGCGCCGAACUCGAAGAACGAUAUCCGCAAGUCUGCGAGAACUGCAUCGAGCGGGUUCAGGCCCAGAUCCGGGCGGCCGGUUAUGCGGCAAAGGCUGAUCACUUGCGCCGAAUACUAGAGCAGAGUACAAAAGCUAGGGGUGACGCAUACACUCCCCGGCAGUUCUGGACGCUAUGCAUCAUCUCGCUCGCGGAGUGGACCUACAUCGUCAGCGUCUUAGUGGGGCUCAUUUGGCACGCUUUCGGAACCAUAGUCGCGCCGGAUGCUGGAAUGUUCGAGGAUGGGGAUUUCAGCUGGCGCAUAUGUCUGCAAAAGGCGGUCAUGGUCCGGGAAGUCGACCAAUCCUGUUUACGGUCGCCUUACAUCCUGCAGCUUGUCAAAUACGCCUUAAUUGCGGACCUCCUUACCAUCUGGUGGAACCCGAAGCUGAAGCAGAAGACCAACCGCGCCGGCGGCCGGAUGCGCGGUCUCCAUUUAGUCUGGUGCGUGCGCAUCGCCGUGCUUGCGGUCCGCUACCUCAGCUUCCGCUCCUUUGGCGCUAUAGAGAUGGAGCAGAGGGACCAUCCGCAGCGGUUCCAUUAUACGCACGGCAUCAUCUUCGCCAUCCUACUAUUGUCCACCAUUGUUGGUUGGAACUCCGUCCGCAUCGUCUACCCGUCCACUGCAUCAUUGAAGAAACCUCUAGAUUCCCACCUACCCAGCGCACCGAAUAGCGCUGAAAAGGCUCGCAGGUCCGGACCUACCUCCGUACUGCCGAACAGCUCCAGCUUCGACACGAUGGCGCAGUCUUUCACAUCAAGCUUCCUUGCUGAACCAAGCACGAACUACCCGCCGUCGCCCACGCUUAGCGCGGUAUCCUCUGCUACCCAUGACAGCGAGACGAGUACACCAUAUAUGCGCAGACCGAGCACAAGAGGAGGAGACGACGCCAUGGACUGGACACCCACGCAAAAGCGCUUCGCUAGCAAUACGCCCUCCAUCCUCCCACCCCAAUGGCUCCCGUCUUCCCCUCUCCCUCAGCCCACCCCGACUCGGCAACAGCACUCCAUCUUCAGCAAACCCGAUCCAAACCCAUUCCGCCACAAGAUUCCCGCCGCUCCGAAGGCACCAGCGCAAGCGAAAGCGAACCCAUGGAAUCCAGGCGUAUGGGCGCCACCACUGAAAGCAACAACCACAAAUUUCUUCAAGGAUAACAGGAAGGGCGAAGAGCACGGCGAUAGGGGGCUGCAGGGUAUUGGCGUGCCGAAGAACAUCCAGAAAGAUGCGGAAAUGUUUCAAGCACCGAAGUUGAAGUACGAUUACUAUGGCAAGUUGAAGGAGACGGGGCUUGAGAGCUCCUUCAAUGACUUGUUCUCGAAAUGA